UUGAAUUCUAAACAGGCUUUUGUUAUGUUCUGUUUCUAGAAACAUUGCAUAUAUACCAAGGAUUUGGUGAGUGCCUUAAGACUUCAUCUUUAGGUUCUUUAUAUAUUACUGUAAGUUUUUAUAUGUAUCAAGGAUUACUCGGUAGACUUUAUCAGCUUAACGCAUAUUCUCUAUUUUGUCUUGCUUGAAGAUGCUGCUGUCGAACUUCAUGAUCACAAGAGUGAAAGAGAUGGUGAUUUUCUUAGUGUUGCUUUACAUCGCGUCGAGCAGUGCAGUAGUGGUUGGCAAACAGAGCAAUCCAUUUCCAGGGGAAGAACUUCAAGUGGAGGCCAAACUCAGACUGCUUAACAAGCCUUUUGUUAAAAGCAUCCAGAGUGAAGACGGAGAUAUUAUAGAUUGUGUCGAUCUCUACAAGCAACCAGCAUUAGAUCAUCCUCUGCUGAAGAAUCACUCUAUCAGGAUAUCUCCCAGCUUUGAUCCAACAAAUGGUGAUUCUUCUACUCCGUUGAUACUGAACUACUCACUUCCGUUCUCUCAAGUGUGGCGCAGAAGUGGAAGCUGCCCAGAUGGUACCAUUCCAAUCCGCAGGGUUCUGAAACAUCACUUGUUGAAUGCUUCCUCCCUUGAAAGAUAUGGGAAGAAAAAUACAAAUGUGAUCACGAAACGUGAUUUUCGCAUGCUAGAACAUACAUUUGCAGUGGGAAUAGAAAAUUAUCACACUGCUGCAGCACUAAUCACUGCAGGUUAUAGCUACAUUGGGGCGAAAGCGGACAUUAACGUGUGGAAUCCUCGUGUUGAAGCUGAUGACGAAUAUUCCACUGCUCAGAUUUGGCUGAGAAAUGGACCUUUUAAUAACUCUGACUCCAUUGAGUUUGGAUGGAUUGUUAAUCCUUCAGUUUAUGGAGAUAGGCAAACCAGAUUAUUCAUAUACUGGACAAAUGACUCUGGGAAGUCAACCGGUUGUUUCGACCUCCUAUGCCCUGGUUUUGUUCAGGUGAACAAAGAUAUACUCCUUGGUGGCACUAUCUAUCCUACAUCUGCAUUCCAUGGACAACAGUAUCACAUCUCCUUGGAAGUUGUCAGGGACUUCGACCAGAAUGUCUGGUGGCUCAUCUCAAGCACCGACAACAUAAUGAUCGGUUACUGGCCGUGUGACAUCUUUAGCUACUUGUACAACAUAGCUGUGAUUGUGGAGUGGGGCGGUGAUGUCUACAGUCCGAGGAUGCAUCAAGAACCUCACACCGCCACGGCAAUGGGAAGCAGUAAUUUUGCCUCUGAUCACUGGAGCUUUGCUUGCUUCAUCCACCAGCCAAGGAUAAAGGACUACUCCAUGACUUACAAGUACCCUUAUCCUUCGUUCCCUUUCACGCCAGACGUGAACUGUUACAGCGGAGAGAACUACGCUGAAACGCUCUUCACAGAGCCAUUGUUUUACUUCGGUGGUCCUGGUCGGAAUCUCUACUGUCCAUGAACUAGUUCAACUCCCAAAACAGAAUAAAAACAAUUCAGGAAAACAAUUUAUGCUUUGAAGGACUUGAUCCUCCACUGUUGCUGUUGCUGGUACUGGUACUACUUGCAUUGAAUCUAUCUUGUUCUUCAUUUAACUUUACAAAAUGAGAUGAAUUCAUGUACUC